ACUGAACUGCAUCUGACGUGAAAGUGUCCUUGUUGCUUAGCAACGGCGUCUCUCCACUAACAAACAAACAUGGCAGACAGCACACCCAGACACGCGCUACCUGCUUUAAAAAAGCCUCAAACGUCUUACUCGGAAAGGCCUUCGAGGCCCAGAGCUCAGAGCAGGUCUUCCUCCGCGCCUUCAAAGAAACCAGCACACAUGGACCUCCUGGCCAAAGAAGAAGAAUACAAGCGUCUCAAUGCAGAGCUGGAAGCAAAAACAGCAGAACUUGUUCGGGAAGCAGAGAAAGUGAUGAGGGAUCAAAAUGAGGUGCUCUCUAAACCAAUCUCCUCCCACAUCUCCAUUGAUACUGACUGUGAUUUUGAAGUUUCUAGGAAGGAAGAGACAAAAAGAGAAUCCACAUCUAAGCAGCCCCCUGCAAUGCUCGUAAGAAACAAGAACAACUCUGCAAAAUCUUCAAAGCCAGGAUCGGGAAAUAGAAAGAAUCCCCAAAAAGCACCACAGACUGUGGUUGAUGAUGUUGCUAUUCCUGAAGACUUUGGAGAUUUCUCACUUGCUAAAACAAUCCGCAUAAUUGAGGACAGAGUUAGUGAUGAUGUCACUGAGGAUCACUUGCAGGAUGACAUCAUGCCCAGUGCUGGAGAUGAGAUGGGUGCAGAAGCUCAGAUCAGAUUUUUGAAGGCUAAACUUCGAGUAAUGCAGGAAGAAUUGAACAGACUCGCAUAUGAAUGCAACAGGAAGGAUGAUGAAAACAGCACUUUAAGCAGUAAACUGAAGGACUUGGAGGAGGAAAAGGCAAGAUUGCAGAGGACUACAAAUGUCCAACAGACUCAAGUUGAGAAGCAAAGAGCUUUAGCUGAAGAAUCAAGUCGGAAAUGUGAAGGUCUGCAACAGCAAGUGGCAGCACUGCAAAAGGAGUUGGAAAGCAUGAAGAGGACCCACAAGCAGGCAGCCAGUACCCACAGUGCAACAGAGGUGCGGUUGAAUAGAGCUCUGGAGGAGGUUGAGAGGACUAAAACACAACUCAACAAACUCAAACAGAGCAGUAAGGAUUUAACCAGUCAGGAGCAACAAAAGAUUGAGACAUUACAAGCUGAGAACAGAAAACUGGAACGACAAAAGGCUGAACUCAUUGUGGGUUUUAAAAAACAACUUAAACUAAUAGAUAUUUUAAAGCGACAGAAGAUGCAUUUUGAAGCGGCCAAGCUGUUGUCCUUCACUGAAGAGGAGUUCAUGAAAGCUCUGGAUUGGGGAAAGGAUGGAGUCUCAUAGGUUUCCGUUUUGUAUUUUGUAAAUAGAGUGAAACAGAUGAAUGUGUACAACAAACAGCUUACAUUUCCUUCAUUGUUUAACAUUCUUCAAACUUCAUUAAAUAACAUUGUGAAUAUCA